AUGGAGGGGCGUGAGGAGGAGGAGGAGGAGGAGGAGGAGGAGGAAGAGGCGGCCGGGGGGGUGCGGAUCACCCCCCAGCUGCUGAAGGCCAGCACCGGGGAGUUCGCCCUGGAGUCCAUCCUGCUGCUGCGGCUGCGGGGCCGCGGCAUCGCCCACCUGGGCUGCCUGGGCGACUGCGCCAACCUGGAGUGGCUGGACCUCUCCGGCAACGCCAUCGCCCAACUGGGGCCGCUGGCCGCCCUCAAGUCCCUCGCCGUCCUCAACCUCUCCCGCAACCGCGUCGCCAGCCUGGAGCCGCUCGGCUCCUGCCGCAACCUCCAGAGCCUCAACGUGGCCGGUAACCGGGUGAGCAGCCUGCAGCAGCUGCGCUGCCUGACGGGGCUGCGGCGCCUGGAGAGCCUGCGCCUCCGCGACCCCCUCGCCCGCCUGGCCAACCCCCUCUGCGCCGCCCCGGCGUACCGCGCCGCCUUGGCGGACAUGUUCCCCGGCCUCAAAGCCAUCGACGGCGAGCGGGUGUCCGGUCGCGGCAGCGAGCUCUACCAGCUCUGCCGGGAUCUCGACAGCUCGCUGGGAGGCAGCGGCGGUGGCGGCAGUGCCGGUGCCGGUACCGGUAGCGGUACCGAACCGCCCCGCGCGGCUCAGCCCUGGGUGGAGGUGGGUUUCUGGGAGCCGCGGCCGCCCCGGCGCAGCUCCAUCAUGGAGGAGGCCUACAAGCAGUUUGGGGAGGUGCUGCAGGAGUGCCGGGAGCUGAGCCGCCGUGCCGACGACACCAUCGCCCAGGCAGAGCGGGCGCUGAGCGGCCGCCCCGACCCCAACUCCUUUGUCUUCUGAGCCGUGAGACCCCCCCC